AGUCAGAGCAGCUCUUGAGGUUCAGGGAGGCGGGGAAGACCUGGUCCCACGCUUGCUGAGACCUAAGUCACAGCACGAUUAUGCCCCUCAGGGCAAGAGGAAGGUGGGAGCUCGGCUGUGGCUUUAGCCUGGCCCAGACUAAAAGGCUGGGUCAAGGACAGAGUCGGGAGUUGAAAGGACCCUGGGAGAAAAAAGGGCUGGACGGGAAGGAGGGGCCAACGGAGGAUUCAGUGUUAAGUGAGCUUAGGCUUUGCUAAUGGUGGAGUGGGAUUGGAGGCGGGACGGGAUGCGAAGAUGGAUGGGGUGUGAAUAGGGCUGGGGUACUCCCAGGCAACAGGGAUACAGGAUGGGGAAGGCUAUGGCCUGAGAUACUACCCCUACCCCCUGCCUCCCUGCGGUUCUACCAAGCAGAGUUCAGAAACUGCCGCCGUAACCCAAGAACAAAGUUGCGCAGAGCCAGCCUAGGAGCUUCAAAAUCGGGAUUCCUUACUGAGAAAGAUGUAUAGCAUAAACCAGUCAGCAGAUCCCAGGGAAGUGGCAGCCAUCGAGGCUAAAAGAAAUCGAGAAAAAGAGCGACAAAACCGAUUCUUCAAUGUGCGGAACCGAGUUAUGGGGGUGGAUGUCCAGGCCCUAAACAACCAGGUGGCAGAGCGAAGGCGUCGGGAAGCUGCAGAAAAAAGGAAGGAGGCAGCUUAUGGUACCAGCCAGGUGCAGUAUGAUGUGGUAGUCCAGAUGUUAGAGAAGGAAGAGGCAGCACGAACACGUCGGCUGGCCAAGAAAGUCCAGGAUUUUCGGGAGCAGAAGCAGCAGCUCAAGAACGGGCGUGAAUUUAGUCUUUGGGAUCCAGACCAAGUCUGGAAGGGGCUUCCGACCUAUCUUAGUUACAAUAAUACCUAUCAUGGUCCCUCCAGCCUGCAGUACUUCUCUGGGGAAGACCUAGACAGGGUCACACACCUGAGAAUGCAGCAGAGGCAGUUCAGGUACGACUUGGAAAGGCAGCAGCAGGAGCAACAGCAAGCCAAGGUUGAUGAGAAUUGUGCAGAUGCGCUCAGUGACCAGCUGCGCCUCGCCAUGGACGCACAGGCCACCCAUCUGGCCAGGCUGGAGGAGUCCUGUCGCGUGGCCAUGAUGUGUGCCAUGGCCAACGCCAACAAAGCGCAGGCAGCUUCACAGUAUGGGCAUCAGCGCUGUGAGCGUCAGCGUGAACAGAAGGCCAAUCUUGCGGAGAUCGAGAACCAGAGCAUGAGUGACCUACUGACUGAGAACCCCCAGGUCGCCCAACACCGUACAGCUCCCCACCGGGUCCUGCCCUAUUGCUGGAAGGGCAUGACUCCAGAGCAGCGAGCUGCCAUCAGGAAAGAGCAGGAAGUACAACGCAUUGAGAAGGAAGCACAACGUCAGGCCGAAAAAGCAUUGGAUACUGAAUGGAAAAGCCAGACAAUAAGCUCAGCCGAGGCAAUGCUGGAGCUAGAAGAGCAGGAGAGGGAAUUGUGUGCUCAGUUUCGGAGGGGCCUAGGCUCCUUCAACCAGCAGCUGGCUCAGGAGCAAAAAGCCCAGCAGGAUUACCUGAACUCAGUCAUCUACACCAAUCAACCUACAGCCCAGUAUCACCAACAGUUUAACACCAGCAGCCGCUAAGUUCAGAUGUUUAUCUCUCCCUUCUUGCCCAUCAAGCUCACAAGUGGUCAGGAGUCAAAGAGAAAAAUGCUGCAUAUUCCCACCUUCUAAUCUAGAUAAUAAAAUUCUUCACUCAAAAUCAA